GGGGGGAGCCAGAGGGGCGGGCGGAGCCGGAGGGGCGGGCAGAGGAGGCGGCCAGGUCCUGAGCGACCCCGGAGUUUUUCCUGGAGGCAAAAGUCCGCAGAGGACUGACGGGCGGAGGGCGGGGCGGAGGAAAAGAACCGCCUGGGGGCCCUGGGAAGCCGGGGAUUGUCGGAGCGAAGGCUGGGGAACCAACUGAGCGCGGGCGAGGAGGCUGGGGGAGGGGGCGCCGCGGGAGGGGGAGUAGGAGAAGACAAAAGCCGAAAGCGAGGAGGGGCCGGGCCGCACACUCGAGAGGCGGGCGUGGAGGCCACAGUGCACGGGGCAUACCCAGUCGGCAGGCAGCAUGGGGAAAGGGGGGAACCAGGGCGAGGGGGCCACAGAGCGAGAGGCGCCCAUGGCCACCUUCUACUGGGAGGAGAUUGAGAAGCACAACCAACGCACGGACAAGUGGCUCGUCAUCGACCGCAAGGUCUACAACAUCACCAAAUGGGCCAGCCGGCACCCAGGGGGCCAACGGGUCAUCGGGCACUACGCGGGGGAAGAUGCUACGGAUGCCUUCCGUGCCUUCCACCGUGACCUUGAUUUCGUGCGCAAGUUCAUGAAGCCUCUGCUGAUCGGAGAGCUGGCCCCGGAGGAGCCCAGCCAGGACCAUGGCAAGAACUCCCAGAUCAUGGAGGACUUCCGGGCCCUGAGGAAGGCCGCCGAGGACAUGAACCUGUUCAAGAGCAACCACCUGUUCUUCCUCCUCCUCCUGGCCCACAUCCUCGUCAUGGAGAGCAUUGCCUGGUUCACCAUCUUUUACUUUGGCAAUGGCUGGAUUCCGACCGUCAUCACGGCCUUUGUCCUUGCUACCUCUCAGGCCCAGGCUGGAUGGUUGCAACACGACUAUGGCCACCUCUCUGUCUAUAAGAAGUCCUCAUGGAACCAUGUCGUCCACAAGUUCAUCAUCGGCCACUUAAAGGGUGCCUCCGCCAACUGGUGGAACCAUCGCCACUUCCAGCAUCACGCCAAGCCCAACAUCUUCAACAAGGAUCCCGAUGUGAACAUGCUGCAUGUGUUCGUCCUGGGCGAAUCGCAGCCCAUUGAGUACGGCAAGAAGAAGCUCAAAUACCUGCCUUACAACCACCAGCACGAGUACUUCUUCCUGGUUGGGCCACCACUGCUCAUCCCUGUGUACUUCCAGUACCAGAUCAUCAUGACCAUGAUCGUACGCCGAGACUGGGUGGACUUGGCCUGGGCCCUGAGCUACUACACGCGGUUCUUCGUCACCUACACCCCGUUCUACGGCGUGCUGGGGGCUGUCGUUUUCCUCAACUUCAUCAGGUUCCUGGAAAGCCACUGGUUUGUGUGGGUCACACAGAUGAACCACAUCGUCAUGGAGAUCGACCACGAGCCCUUCCGCGACUGGUUCAGCAGCCAGCUGGCGGCGACCUGCAACGUGGAGCAGUCCUUCUUCAACGACUGGUUCAGCGGGCACCUCAACUUCCAGAUCGAGCACCACCUCUUCCCCACCAUGCCACGGCACAACUUCCACAAGGUGGCGCCGCUCGUGAAGUCUCUGUGCGCCAAGCAUGGCAUCCAGUACCAGGAGAAGCCGCUGCUGCGGGCCCUGCAGGACAUCAUCAGGUCCCUGAGGAAGUCCGGGAAGCUGUGGCUGGACGCCUACCUCCACAAGUGAAGCAGCAGCCCUGGGGGCGCCCACGGGGAAGGGGAGCAGGUGGGAGUGCUGGCCACAAGGAAGGGUGGGCUUUUGUUCCCAGGGGUGUCUGCGAGGCCGGGGUACAUGCUGGCUUGGGGAUCCCA